AUGUCACGUUCCAAUGCAACCGGCUCCCCCAAUCCCUCCACCUUCAUCUUGUUGGGCAUCCCUGGCCUGGAGGGGGCCCAUGUCUGGAUCUCCAUCCCCUUCUGUGCCAUCUACGCUAUAGCCCUCUUGGGGAACUUCACCAUCCUGUUUGUUGUGAAGAGGGAGCCGAGCCUCCAUGAGCCCAUGUACUAUUUCCUCUGCAUGCUGGCCAUCACCGACCUGGUCCUGUGUACAUCUACCAUACCCAAAUUGCUGAGCAUCUUCUGGUUCAAUUCCAGGGAGAUCAAUUUCAGUGCCUGCCUCACCCAGAUGUUCUUCAUUCACUGCUUCUCCAUAAUUGAGUCUGGGCUUUAUGUGGCCAUGGCGUUUGAUCGCUACGUGGCCAUCUGCCAUCCCCUGAGACAUUCCACCAUCCUGACAAACCCUGUUGUAGCCAAGAUUGCCCUGGUCGUGGUGCUGUGCAGUACAAUGCUUGUACUGCCCUGUCCCCUCCUGGCCAGACAGUGGCCAUAUUGUAGAACCAACAUCAUCCCCCACACACACUGUGAGCACAUGCCUGUAGUGAAGCUGGCCUGUGCCGACAUCCGCAUCAGUAGCUAUUAUGGCCUCUUUGCGCAAAUCUCUAGGGUUGGUAUUGAUGUGCUUUUUAUCACUAUGUCCUACACCCAGAUCCUCAGGGCCAUCUUCCGCCUCCCCACAAAGGACGCUCGGCUCAAGACUUUUGGGACUUGUAGUGCCCACCUCUGCGCCAUCUUAACCUUUUACAUCCCAGGUCUCUUCUCCUCCCUCACAACUCGGUUUGGCCAUAAUUUGCCUCUUCAUUUCCAUGUUCUCAUUGGCAAUUUGUACCUCCUGGUGCCCCCCAUGCUGAACCCCAUCAUCUAUGGGGUGAGGACCCAACAGAUUCGGGCCAGGCUGCUCCAGCUGUUUCCUCAGAAAGGGACUAAACUUUUGUCCUUUGGCUCGUCUGCCUGA